AUGUAUGUGGAAUUGAACGGAACUCUGCAGAAUCUAUUUAAACCAGAAUUUUUCGAAAUUCCACAUAGGUCAAUGACUCUAAAACAACCUGCACACGAUGAGGAGGUUAGUCAACCCUAUACCGGUAAGAAAGUGGAAGCCGCAAAGCAAGAGACCCCGAAUACAUGUAAUGACUUGAAGGAGAACAUCAAAUUUUGUAUGAAGGACGGUAUGACACCAGUGAUGGUGGCGGACGACAUGGAAGACAGCUGGAGGACAUUUCCAGAAUUGCUGGAUUCCAAUGUCUGUCUCAUGGAUUGCAAAACCCUGAGGGAUGAAACGGUAAAGAAACGAUAUAUGAAAUCUUUCAGAAAAAAAAUCGAUGGAUAUAUCGAAAAUCUAUGCAUACGGUUACAAAAGAGAAUAGGAAAGCUACCUAAAUUGAACACAAAGGAAUUUCAAAACUGGGGUCAGACAGUGACAGCAGACGUUAUCUACUGUGAACCCACUUCAAAGAAAGAAAUCCAGAAAAUCAUCAAGGCUGCCGCAGACGAGAAAAUCACUGUUCGUUGUGUCGGCUCCAGUCACAGUUGGGCACCCGUGAUCUGUGAUGACCACCAAAUACUGAUGAAUUUCUCCAAUCUUCAAAGUGAUUACGGACAAGGAAAGAAAAUCAGAAUUUCAAAUAGAGCCCGAGCGGAGGUUGAUAUUAUGGCAGGCGUAAAAAUAUCUGAUCUUAAAGAUUUUCAACUUAGGCAUAAACUUCACCUUCCGGUGAAUGUAAUGGCAGAUAUUUUUGAAGUGGUGGGAGUUGUAUCUGUUGGAGCACAUGGUGCCGGAUGGGACAGUAAAAGCAUUAGCGAUCAUGUUGUUAAGAUGCGUAUUUUUGACAGUAAAGGCGAAUUGAGGACUUACACGACUGAAAAUAGGGCCAUGUUACGAGCUGCAUGUGCCUGUUUUGGUUGCUUUGGUAUUAUCUACGAUGUCACACUCAAGAUGGAGCCAGAAAUACUUGUUGAGACGCAAAACUUGUAUUGUAAUCUAAACGAUGUAUUUUACAAUGCCGAGAAAAUGAAAUCAUUAGCAGAGGAAAACUGGUCAACGCAAAUUUUCUGGUUCCCUUACAAUUCCGUUAGUCUGAUAGAUUAUGAACCUAAACAUGACGACUUAUGGAUACGUCUCAUCAACAAAGCACCAGCUGGUGUCGAUUGUGAGGAUUGGGAUUUCUACUUGUGGAGAAAGUCCAAAGACAAAGUUUCGCAAGAAUCAUUAGCUGCGGUGAGUCCUUUGCUGGCUGAAAAUCCAGAACUGACGCCAUAUUUAUCCUGGGCAUCUUUUAAAUCAUUGAAGUAUGUACUAUAUCCAAGUGGAACCAUGUACCAGGAGCUCCCACAUGCAAUACAUUACAGAAAAUACAUCAAAGAAGCUCCUGUACAUGAUAUGGAGUUUAUCUUUGACUACGGUGGUGAUUACGACCAAGUGUUGAAAAUCAUUCAUGUGGUAGUAGGGAAGAUUGAUCAUUAUGAAGAAAAAGAUGAAUAUCCCUUGAACCUUUGUCUUGAAAUGCGGUUUAUGGCAUACAGCGAUGCCUAUCUGGGAUCUGGUACACUGGGUAAUCCUGCAAGUGGGGGAUCCGGACACGUGAUUUGCAUUGAAAUCAUUAGUACUGUUGGAACAAAAGGAUGGGAAAAAUUCAGUACGGAAGUUGGACAGGAGUGGAUGGCGCUUGGAGGUGUUCCUCACUUAGCAAAACAAUGGGAAUAUUUACCUGGUAUUCAUCAACACAUUCAGGAGAAAUUGGGUCCUGGGAUAAAGAGUUUUAAGACAGAGCUGGAUAAAUCAGAUGCUGAUCCAAACGGCAUGUUUCUUACCGAAGGCUUGAAGAAAUUGCUGAAUACACGAGAAUAAGUCAACCCAUCCUGGUCGUUCUAUUGUUUUACAAACCAUCAGAUGCACUUUGUUUACUUCAUGUUAAGGGUAGAUACAUAUAUCUUUCAGUUUUUGAUAGUUUUUGAGUAUGUACUUUGCUUACUUCAUGUUAAGGGUAGAUACAUGUAUCUUUCAGUUUUUGAUAGUUUUUGAGUAUGUACUUUGCUUACUUCA